AAACCAGGAGCAAGAACAUGGAGAAAUAAACAGAGAGAACACCUACAAGUUCUUUUCAUCAGGGCCCAUCAGAUGUCCACUAAAGAAAUGGCGCGGACACAUCCUGUGGUCAGCAGGCCGGCCAGCCGGACCAACAACCUGAUCACACAAGUCAGCAGGCCAGCCAGUCGGACCAACAACCUGAUCACACUAGUCACCCAGCACAGAACAGCUGAUCCAACAUCCUAUCCAUCAACUUAUCCAUCAUCAGAGCACGACACGUACUUGCUGGAUGACAGACGUGUGACAGACACUGAACCCCAUCUAACUUCCGUGUUUGUCGAUCGUUGUUCCCCGCCCCAAUGGUUACAAACAUUCACAUGUGACGUCACACAGCCAGGCGGAGAGACACAACGUGCAGUGCAUGAGCCAGAUCUGCUGACCACUGACCAAGCUGACUGGCAUCAAGGCAAAGACACAAAGUUGACCUGCGCCAGAAGCUGUCAGCAGAUCAGUUACCUCCCACCAGCAGACGUCCCAGACACCGACCUGCAGCAGCCGAUAGGUCCAUGGCUGGCCAGAAAAAACCGGCGCAAAUGUUUUUCCGCCGCCCAGACAGAUCACGUGACUGGGCGCGAGCCGCCCCCUGACCUUGAGUUUCUGGUUCCACGGGUCAAAGGUCGGGCGCCGAAAACAUGCAUGGCGCCCACCCAGACCAACACCCCCUCCGGCGCCCCAGAGAGGGGGAUGUCCGGCUCGCUAGUCAUGUGCCGCCCGGCCGUUCUCUACAUCCGUCAGAAGCCAGCCCGGCCGUCGGUGGUUGUACCCCACCCGCUGUUUGCUAGGACACCCAGGAGACCCAGCCACCAUCUUGUGUCCUUGUCCUACACCACGAAACCAAAACACCCCAACACCAUCACCACAGCCGCUAUAAACCCAACCACCCAAACCAAGAUCGCGAAGAAUAAUUGUUUAAAACAAAUCUCAGUGAACACCCACGUCCCACGGCCAAGGAUCGUCAUCCCACCGCCAGCCCGCAAAGUUAGGCGGCGCAGUCGCCGACUGAGGCCAAAACUAAAGGACGAGGGCUGUGAGACAACGGACAAGAAAAUAGAUUCGGAAAUCUGUUUGAGUGAAAAAAGGAAUUCAUCGCGAAGUAGUCAUAAAUACAUAUCUCCGUGGGGUACGUUGUCGGAAAGUGGAAGCGGAUCUUUGACGUCCUCAGAAUGUUCCAACACAAGCCUCUACAGGCACAAGCGGAAGAGAAAGCGGCGAAACAAACACAGGCCAGUCAAAUCUGCCAAGACAAAACAGACUUCUCCUUCGUCUUCAGGCAAACUUACGAAAAAGGUCCACGAUUUCUGGGACGCCAUCAUGUCUUCAGCCCUCAAGUCAAGACGUCGAGGUAAACGUUCUGGUCGUACUAGACUUUCUCCACAGGCGCGAACUGCGGGCUACGUCUCGGCGACGAGAAGGAGCGAGACUCCCAAGCAGCGAUUGAGGAACAUUGCGUGUUGUAGGGCGCUGGCCGCCCCGCCCUACCUGGGGGCCGCCCCGCCCUUGAUGGGGGCCGCCCCGCCCUUGAUGGGGGCGGCUAGCGAUGUGCCCCAGAACAAGGCGUCUGAGCAUCAGUUAGACAGUCACAACACGAACGUGCUGAUUGAGGCCAUCAAGGUCAUUGACUUGCACUGUCGUUCUCGGCCAACUGUUCGUCUUCAUGUGAAGACCUCAGAGAAACAAAGCCAGAAAGUCAGAAGUUUAGAGAAACCAGAUCAGCAGGACAAAAGUUUAGAGAAACAAGAUCAGCAGGGCAAAAGUUUAGAGAAACGAGAUCAGCAGGGCAAAAGUUUAGAGAAACAAGAUCAGCAGGGCAAAAGUUUAGAGAAACAAGAUCAGCAGGGCAAAAGUUUAGAGAAACAAGAUCAGCAGGGCAAAAGUUUAGAGAAACAAGAUCAACAGGGCAAAAGUUUAGAGAAACAAGAUCAGCGGGGCAAAAGUUUAGAGAAACAGGAUCAGCAGGGCAAAAGUUUAGAGAAACAAGAUCAGCAGGGCAAAAGUUUAGAGGUCCUAAACAAACGAGCACGCAAGUGUGUGAAGGCCCCAACAAAAAAGUGCUCGUCGCUUCCAAAUCUUCCAGUGAACAUGUCAUCAAGAUGGAAUCAAGACACGGAACCCCAUGACCCCCAGAAUAAACACACAGAACCCCAUAACCCCCAGAAUAAACACACAGAACCCCAUAACCCCCAGAAUAAACACACAGAACCCCAUAACCCCCAGAAUAAACACACAGAACCCCAUAACCCCCAGAAUAAACACACAGAACCCCAUAACCCCCAGAAUAAACACACAGAACCCCAUAACCCCCAGAAUAAACACACAGAACCCCACGACACCCAGAAUAAACACACAUAUCCCCGGAGCCAUCAGGAACUAACCCAGCUCCAUAAGAAUAGCACCAUGUCUCCAUCCGAGAUAGACAUCAGAUCGUACCGCAGCACAUCAAAUACCAGACGACUGGAGGCUGACCCGAGCUGGAACCCGGGGGUGGGGGACACCCGUGUCACCCCCCGGGUCAGGGCAGCUACAGCCAGGCUAACGUCAGGCAGGGCCACGAAACAAUCGGGUCUGGCAGCUGGUUCUAGAGCGGGAGGGGAGGGAACUGCACCGCAUUCUCCGACCAAGCCAGUCAAAGAUGGCGCCAGCAGGAUGCUGGAGGUGGCUGGUAAACAAGGAAACGUUCGAGUCAAGAGAAAAACGAAAAUCGCUAAAAAUAAAUAAGA